CUCAUCCGCAGCCAAUGGCCAAGAUGCACCGGCCAGACCCGUGUACCUGGCUGGUGGGCGCAAAGCCCCGGUUCCCGAUGUACGGUCGCCGGCGGGGGUGAAGGGGCGGUGGCCGCAGGGGUAGGUCAGGCCGCGCGGACCGAGCUCAGGGCUCGGGCAGGUUGCAGGCAUAGGCCUGCAGCCAUGAGCCUGGUGGCUUGCGAGUGCUCCCCCAGCCCUGGCCAGGAGACUGAGCCCUGCUCAAGAGCACGGUCCCAGGCUCGCGUAUACCUGGAGCAGAUUCGCAACCGGGUGGCUCCGGGGGCACCUGACAUGACCAAGCGUGACUACCUGGUGGAUGCAGCCACACAGAUCCGGCUGGCCCUGGAGCGCGAUGUCAGUGAGGAUUACGAGGCUGCCUUCAACCACUACCAGAACGGCGUGGACGUUCUGCUGCGAGGCGUGAACGUCGACCCCAACAAGGAGCGAUGUGAGGCUGUAAAGCUGAAAAUUACCAAGUACCUGCGGCGGGCAGAGGAGAUCUUCAACUGCCACCUGCAGAGGACACUGGGCAGUGGAGCCAGCCCUGGCACAGGUUUCAGUAGCCUGAGGCUCCGGCCCAUCCGCACUCUGAGCUCUGCCCUGGAGCAGCUGAGGGGCUGCAGGGUGGUCGGGGUCAUCGAGAAGGUGCAGCUGGUCCAGGACCCAGCGACUGGAGGGACCUUCGUGGUGAAGAGCCUGUCCAGGUGCCACGUGGCGAGCCGGGAGCGGCUGACCAUCAUCCCGCAUGGCGUCCCCUAUAUGACCAAGCUGCUGCGGUACUUCAUGAGCGAGGACUCCAUCUUCCUGCACCUGGAGCACGUGCAAGGGGUUAAGCAUCUUUUUGGGCCAGAUUGGGAGGCUGGGUCCUCUUUAGGAGGCACUCUCUGGUCCCACCUGCUCUCCCAGGCCCACCCCCAACAGUCUGGGCUCAGGUCUGGCUCCAGCCUGGAAAGGAUCAAGGCUCAGCUCAACUCCCACCUCAGCCUCCGGACCGCAACACGGCGGCUCCCAGGCCACACCUACCUGCAGGACAGAGUCCCCCUGGAGCCUCUGCAGACUUGUCGGAGCCUUCUUUUAGCCAGGGAGGCCCCAUCUGUCAGACCCCAGAGAGAGGCUGAAGGUGAACCCUCAACCAGGACCAGCACCUGCUCCUUGGAUCUCCCAAAGGCCCCUGGCGGCCUCCUGAACCUCCAGUCCAGGCGAAGACCUGGCCAGAACUUGGACACAGGGUCCCCUUCGGGGCUCCCUUGGGUUCGCGAGGGGGCCAGCCGGGUGCUGGGGGGCUGUGGCUGUGGUAGAGGACGGAGCCGCACCUCAGUGGAUGAGGCCAGCCUGGGGUCUUCCUGGAAUGUGAGGGAAGAGCAGGUGAAGCAGUGGGCGGCCGAGACACUGGUGGCACUGGAGGCGCUGCACGAGCAGGGAGUGCUGUGCCGGGACCUCAAUCCCCGGAACCUGCUCCUGGACCAGUCAGGUCACAUCCGGCUCACAUAUUUUGGCCAGUGGUCAGAGGUGGAACCCCAGUGCUGCAUGGAGGCUUUGGACAAUCUCUACAGUGCCCCAGAGGUGGGUGGGAUUUCUGAACUGACCGAAGCCUGUGACUGGUGGAGCUUUGGGUCUCUACUGUAUGAAUUGCUGACUGGAACGGCCCUGUCCCAGAGCCACCCCUCAGGGAUCCAGCCCCACACCCAGCUCCAGCUGCCUGAGUGGCUCAGUGGCCCAGCAGCCUCCCUGCUGACUGAGCUGCUGCAGUUUGAUCCCACCCGGCGCCUGGGCGCUGGAGGAGGUGGAGCCAACAGACUCAAGUCACACCCCUUUUUCAGUACUAUCCAGUGGAGCAAACUGGUGGGGUAACAGGGGGUGGAGUGGGCCAUGGAAGCAGCUGGACUGCUCUGGAUCUCUUCUCUUCGCCGGUCACCCAGAGCUGGCCCCUCUAAUCAGUGGCCCUCCGCAAAGAAUGCUGGGCAGCUGCCUUCCCUGGUCAGCCGCCUCUCGGGCCUCAGAAGGCAUCACCACCACGUCCCUGGAGGUGCCCUGAGACUCCCCCAGCCAGCUCUUGGAGAAACCCUUUCUGGUCACUGCUGAGGGGGAGCAGGUCUCACCCUGCUAGGCAGCUUGGACCCCUCCACCCAUUCAUCCUCCACCCGUCAGUCAACAGAUACCUGUUGAGUGCACACCCUAUACCUUGAAAGCAGACCUACACGUUAAAGGGUGCCUUCUGUCACAUUAGCUCUGAACUACUGACCACCUGCUGAGCUGACUACGAGGUUUUGUGACUCGAUACCUGCCACGUUGUGCCCCACUUGUGACAUCUCUGGAGACUUAUCUCAGGAUACUGGUCCACUGGCUCAGUGGACUCAAACCAAGGCUGCCCUGGCUGGUCAUCUUAGCCACGCAGCUAGUGGGCUUCUUCCACAGGGGCUACUCCUGCAGGGGGUGGGGGAGGCCGGGGAAGCAGGGAAGAAGUCUGCGGUGGGCGUGGAGUGGGGGGGGUCAGGGUGAUCCAAACCCCCCUCCUGUCCAUGCCCCCUAUCUUGUGAUUUCAGACUUUGGAGAGCAAAAUGAAGGGAGGGCAGAAAAUAAGGAUAAGGAGGAAUGCACACCUUUGCCACAUAGAGCCAUUUUGGAAUAAAAAGGUCCAUUCCCCAGCUAGCCUACGGGUGUGGAGAGAGUGGGGAGCCUGCCCCAUGAAUCUGAGAGGAGACCACAAUGCAGCCUCCAGGCUGAAGCUGCUAAGACAAGUUGUACCCAUUAGGAUUCCCUUCUCAGGCAUUCGUCCUAUUUACCAUUUUGCAUUUUAGUCUUGAGGGCCCCCUCAAUUCACUGCCCACUGUGACUUCAUCCCCUUUUGAAAUGAGAACUCAAAAGACACAUGGAAUGAUUGCCCAAGCUUUUAGUCAGAAGCAAGACGUUUGUGGGGUAGUUACCCCCAAGGACAAUCCCCUCCCCAGGUUUGGGGGCCCUCUUAUUUCUCAGGACUCACCCUGUCACUGGGGUGUGGUACUUGAUAGAAACUUCCACAAGACCUCUGCCACCUCGGUGUUUCUGACACCACCAAGUGGCGCUUCUGACAUGUCCCUCUGUGAAGGCCCAGGCCCAACUCCGGGGGUGGGGACAUGUGCUGUGGAGGCCAGAAUGACUGGGGCAGAGGGGACACGGGAACACAGCUGAGCAUAGUCCUGGUUCCCUGGGGCUUGCCUGUAUCCGUCCAAUAAAGAUGUUGCCUAUGGUGUCUUUGCCUCAUUAAUGCUGGGAGUGGGGGAUCAGAAGUAUCCCCCAGAGAAGCUCUGGGAUAGUCAAGAGAGAGCUUGCAGUUUGCCAGGAAGUAGGAAGCAGGGCUGGUGGACCGGCAUGCCAACCUGUGCCCUGCAGAGCAGCUCUGAGCCCCAGGGGAAGUGCUGGCACGCAGGGGGCACUGAGCUCUGUGGUAAAUGUCUUGGAAGAGGGUGACGGUGCCUAGGGGGUUUGCUAGUUUAGUCCUCACGGUGACCCCUUGAGACAAUGCUGGCUCCUGUUCGGAGGUUAAUGACAGGCCCUGGUCACAGCCGAGU